AUCCACGUUCGUACCCUAGUGGUAUAAAAAAAACUCCGCAAAGCCCAUGAAACCACAGUUCACUAACCACAGCCAAUCUAUCAAUUACAAUAAUGGUUACCUUCACCAUAUUACUAACCGUCGCCGGUGUCCUUGCGACCACCAGCCAAGCUCUAUCGAGCCCUUGGAAUCCUCUCCGGCCGUGGUCCAAUUCAGUGCUCCGCUCCUCAGGUCGUAUCGUCGGAGGUUUCGAAGUGGAUAUCGCUGACGUACCAUUCCAGGUAUCGCUCCAGGCUGAGUAUGGACACUUUUGCGGUGGAUCCAUCAUCAACAGCACCUGGGUUCUGACGGCUGGGCACUGUGCUUCUACGUCGGAUGAUCCGCAACUGAGCGUUCGAGUUGGAUCCACUCUACAUGCCGAAGGUGGUCAGCUGGUGACUGUCAAGCGUGUCAUCCAACACCCGGAAUACAACAUCGGGACUAUCGAUUAUGAUUUUUCUCUGUUGGAGCUGAGUGAGGAGCUGCAGCUGAGCGAGCAGUUCUUUGCCGUUGACCUACCGGAACAGGAUGAACCGGUCGAGGAUGGAUCGUGUCUGCAGGUCUCCGGUUGGGGUAACACUCAGAAUGCUCUGGAGUCUGGUAAGGAGCUCAGGGCUACCAACGUUCCGGCCGUCAACCAGCAGAAGUGUGUCGAGGCUUAUGCGUCGUUUGGAGAGGUUACCCCACGAAUGUUGUGCGCUGGAUUCGAUAAGGGAGGCAAGGAUGCUUGCCAGGGAGAUUCCGGAGGUCCGUUGGUCGAAGGAACCAAGCUGGUCGGUGUGGUGUCCUGGGGUAAGGGAUGUGCUGAGGAAGGUUAUCCAGGAGUGUACUCCCGGGUGGCUACCGUCCGUGAAUGGAUCAAGGAGAUUAGUGGUGUUUGAGAGGUGUUUGAAUUGUGUGAAGGUUGGAUGAAAUAAAAUAUGAAUACUAUUUGUU